AUGAAGAAAGGUUCAGCGGAUGAAGUUCGUUCGGAAGAGGAUUUGUUUGCAAAUCCUUAUGCAAGAAUUGACGAAAUGGUGGAGAAAAAACGCCGCAAUCUUGAAAAACGGAAGAUUCGACUCUUGCAGUAUAAAGAGGAUGGAAGAAAUGGUAAACAGUUAACCGAUGAACAGGUCCAAGCGCUUUCGCGAAUUAGCGAAGUCGAAACUCAAAUUGAGUUUGUGAAAGAUAUUUUAAAAAUCUUGACUUCCCUUCAUAAAGAUUUCAAUCGAUCUAAGAAACAGCGCGAUGAGGCUUUGAGAAGAGAGCAAGCCGAACGUGACCGAAAAACAUUGGCUGACUUCAUUAAAUAUCAGAAUCUCUUUAAAACCUUAGGAAAUCAGCAAGUUUUGAAAGCAUUUGUUGACGGUUCCAGUGGUGCAAUUAAAUUAGAUGAGAACGAAUUCACAGUAAUUGAUUUCCUGAGUAGUUGUUUCAAUCCGUCUAUGGAAGGUUCUAUGGAUAGCGGAGAUUGGGAGUCAAAGUGUGAGAAGAGCGCAGGUCAGGUGCAUGCAAUACUGUGUGGGACAAAGGAAAAAGUCUUCGAAAAAAGAACGGGUCUUAGCAUCAAAGAAUUUUUGGAGAAGUUGAUGAAUUGUCAGUACGUCCACGACCUGGUCACAAACCAGUUUGUUACUGAAGAGGAAAGUGUUGAAGACGUUAAAUCUGAAGGUAAAGAGGAAGUGGUCGUUAAAGAUGAUCCAAAAGUAGGUUUCAAGGAUAUUCUGGCUUUUGUUAAGGUCCUUUCUUCUUCAUUAGGUCUGGAGAACUGGUUGCUUUUACUUGACUGCUUUAAUAAUAUUAUUGUACUAUCGUGGGAUAGAACCAGAUUUUUUCAGGUUGUAUUUGUCCAAGGCGACAGCGAAGUCUCAAAGGAGCCAAGUGAAACUGAUGUUGCUGAGGCAACGACUACGGAGUUCGGUUACGAAGGCUAUGCGACAGCCCAAGUGGAAGAAGCUGUUAAUGAAGCACCGCAUAUCAAUUCUAUACCACAUGUUGGCGAGAAUGAUUUGACAACUGGAGAUCAUGUAGAAUACAGUGUUAAUGGAAUUCAGAACGAAGUGCCAGCUCCAUGGACUCCUACAGCUAAUUCAGAAAUCAAGGUUGAAAAGCACGUUGAUGGGAAUGAUAAUGUUUUUGUGGAGGGUAUGGUUCCAAGUCGUACUGAUAAAAAACCUCGUGGUGGAAUUCGCGGAGGGAAUCGGUAUCGAGAAAAUUUGCCUAGAGAUGGUAAUGAACGUAGACGGGUAACAAAAGACGGGCGUCAAGUACGCAAUUAUAAUAAUGCGUAUGGACAAAGGGGUUCAGGUCGAGGUGGCCGAGGACCUGCUAGAAAUGGUUUUUCACGUGGCGGUGGAAACCGCUCGCAAAACAGUCAUAUGAACGAUCUCACGAACGGGUAUGGUAAUGGAGUCCAGUACAAUGGCAAAUAUUCCUACAGUGACGUAAAUCCACCUCGUCGGAUUGGAUUAAAUUUUGCGUCCGAUGUGGGUAGUGAUAAUCGCAAGUAG